UGAAGUGGAGAAGGUGGAGAGAGAAAAUCACGCGUUUCAAUUUCUUGCUUUGUAAAAAUGGCGACCUCACUAGAGAAGGAGACUCUCAGCACUGCUGCUGCUGAAGAUGAAGUUGUUUCCUUGGAACUCCCUGCUCCUUCUGGAUGGAAGAAGAAGUACACGCCCAAAAUGGGAGGAACUCCAAACAAGAACGAAAUCGUUUUCACUGCCCCAACAGGGGAGGAUAUCUCUAACAGAAGACAGUUGGAGCAGUAUCUGAAAGGGCAUCCUGGCGGCCCAGCCAUAACGGAGUUUGAUUGGGGAACUGGUGAAACUCCGAGGAGAUCUGCGAGAAUCAGCGAUAGGGUCAAGGCAAAAGCCCUACCUCAUGAAUUUGAAUCUCCAAUGAAACGGAAGAGGACUCCAACUUCAAGGAAGGAAAAAGAGAAAAAGGUCCCAACUGAAGAAACCGAGGAAGGAGCAAAAGAAGAUGGUGACGAGGAAACCAAGAAUGAUACUGUUAUGGAAGAUGAAGACGAGAAAAAGGAAUCUGUUGAAGAUACUACAGUCGAGAAGAAAGAAGACAAUCCCGAUGUUGAGAUGGUUGAUCUUGUUGAAGAAGUGGACCAAACUCCAUCUGAGGCUGAAGAGAAGAUUGAAUCUGAGGAACCACCGAAGAAAUCAGAGCCAGUGAAAGAGGAAGAAGACAAGAAACCAGAAAUUGAAGUAGAUGAGAUAAAACAGACUAGUGAAAAUGUAUUAGCAGGUGAAGCAGCUAGUAAUGGGAAAGAAGAUGAAAAAGCUGAUGAGAAAAUUAACACAGUUGAAGAAGAAAAAAAGAUAGCUGAUGAGCAAAUUGAUACAGUCGAAGAAGGAAAGAUAGCUGAUGAGCAAAUUGAUACAGUCAAAGAAGAAAAGGUAGCUGAUGAGCAAAUUGAUACAGUGGAAGAAGAAAAGAUAGCUGAUGAGCAAAUUGAUACAGUGGAAGAAGAAAAGAUAGCUGAUGAACAAAUUGAUACAGUCGAAGAAGAAAAGAGUAAGAUAACUGAUGACCAAAUUCACACAGUCGAAGAAGAAGAAGAAGAAGAAAAGGGCAAGAUAGGCGAUGGACAAAUUAGCACAGUGGAAGCAAAAGAGGAAGAAAAGAGCAAGAUAGGUGAUGAGAAAAUUAGCGCAGUCGAGGAAAAAGAAGAAAAGGCUGCCGAAGCUGUGGAGAAUGGCAGCCAUGAGUAGUUCAUGGGGAAAUUGGGCAUAAUAUUAUGUAUGAAUUGUGUCAGUAAUCAAUCUCUUACCUUUCUUUCUGACUGUUAUCUCUGUUUUUAGGUUUAUGAAUUAUGUUGGAUGACUGUAGUGUUGUUGAUAAAUCAACAUAGGAUUAUCUCUCUAAUUGUUCUGAAUAAUAAUAUGUAUGCAUGUCUGUCUGUCUGUAUGUCUGUCUGGUCUGUAAGUCUAUCUGGUCUGUAAAGUCUUAGCUUAGGCUUCAAGUUUCUGUUGCAUAGGUUAGACACAGUUUGAACCUUUUGCACAGAUCUCCCCUCCUUUGUUGUGGUUUUUAGAUGUUGUAAUUUCGAAUAAAUUGUUACUCAUCUUAUAUUCA